AACGGCGCCGCCCCUCCCGCAGACGCGCCUAGUUCCGGGAGAUCCAGGCAGGGUUUUGCAGCGGAGCUGUUGGGCUGCGUGUGCCGAUUCCUCUCCGCGAGCCACGCCGCAGUUGGCUGCUGGAGAUCAUGGUGCUGGACGAAGCAUGGACCGCUCUGUCGGGAGCCUCCGGGGUAGCCCUGGCCUGCUGUUUGUUGGCGGCAGCCGCGGUCCUGCGCUGGUCCCGGCGUGGGGUGGCCCGAGCGGCGGCGGCCAGAGCGCGGCAGCGGCAGAGAGCCAGCCUGGAGACCAUGGACAAGGCGGCGCAGCGCUUCCGGCUGCAGAACCCUGACUUGGACUCAGAGGCGCUGCUGUCCCUGCCCCUGCCGCACCUGGUGCAGAAGUUACAUAGUGGGGAGCUAUCCCCAGAGGCUGCACUCUUCACCUUUGUAGGAAAGGCCUGGGAAGUGAACAAAGGAAUCAACUGUGUGACCUCGUACCUGACUGACUGUGAGAAUCUGCUGUCUCAGGCCCCAAGGCAGGGCCUGCUCUAUGGUGUUCCUGUGAGCCUUAAGGAGUGUUUCACCUACAAGGGCCAAGACUCCACGCUAGGCUUGAGCCUGAAUGAGGGGGCACCGUCGGAAUGCGACAGUGUGGUGGUGCAGGUGCUGAAGCUGCAGGGGGCCGUGCCCUUUGUGCACACCAAUGUCCCCCAGUCAAUGUUAAGCUAUGACUGCAGUAACCCCCUCUUUGGCCAGACCUUGAACCCAUGGAAGUCCUCCAAGAGCCCAGGUGGCUCUUCAGGGGGUGAGGGGGCCCUAAUUGCAUCUGGAGGCUCCCCCUUGGGCUUAGGCACUGAUAUUGGAGGCAGCAUCCGUUUCCCUUCGGCCUUCUGUGGCAUCUGUGGCCUCAAGCCUACUGGAAACCGCCUCAGCAAGAGUGGCCUGAAGGGCUGUGUCUAUGGACAGACGGCAGUGCAGCUUUCUGUCGGCCCCAUGGCCCGGGAUGUGGAGAGCCUAGCACUGUGCUUGCGAGCCCUGCUGUGUGAAGACAUGUUCCGUUUGGACCCCACUGUGCCUCCUCUGCCAUUCAGAGAGGAGGUCUAUACAAGCUCUAGGCCCCUGCGUGUAGGAUACUAUGAAACUGACAACUAUACCAUGCCCAGCCCGGCUAUGAGGCGGGCCCUGCUGGAGACCAAGCAGAGUCUUGAGGCCGCUGGCCACACGCUGAUUCCCUUUUUGCCAAACAACAUACCCUAUGCUCUGGAGGUCCUCACUGCAGGUGGACUGUUCAGUGACGGUGGCCACACUUUCCUCCAGAACUUUAAAGGUGACUUUGUGGAUCCCUGCCUGGGGGACCUGAUCUUAAUUCUCAAGCUGCCUGGGUGGCUUAAAGGACUGCUGAGCUUCCUGCUGAAGCCCCUGCUUCCACGGCUGGCAGUCUUUCUCAACAGCAUGAGGCCUCGGUCAUCUGCAAAGCUCUGGAAACUUCAGCAUGAGAUUGAGGUGUACCAAAAGUCUGUGAUUGCUCAGUGGAAAGCGAUGAAUCUGGAUGUGCUGCUGACCCCCAUGCUGGGCCCUGCUCUGGACUUGAAUGCAUCAGGCAGGGCCACAGGAGCUAUCAGCUACACUGUACUCUACAACUGCCUAGACUUCCCUGCGGGGGUGGUGCCUGUCACCACAGUGACCGCUGAGGACGAUGCCCAGAUGGAACACUACAGAGGCUACUUUGGGGAUAUCUGGGACAAGAUCCUGAAGAAGGGCAUGAAGAAGAGUGUGGGCCUGCCUGUGGCCGUGCAGUGUGUGGCUUUGCCCUGGCAGGAAGAGCUGUGUCUGCGGUUCAUGAGGGAGGUGGAGCAGCUAAUGACCCCAGAAAAGCAGCUCUGGAGGACCUGAGGCCCACGUGCCCUGCAGUCCUACCUAUUCAAAACAUUGCCACUUGUGAGGAAAUGCCUAGUACAGGACAGAGGCAUCCACCUAUGUUCCCCUAGCCCUCUGCAGAAGCACAGGACUGCCCCCUACAAAAUCUGGACCUUGAUCCCCAUUUGGUCCCCUCUCCAUCCUGAAGCCCCUAUCUCCUGUGGCAGCCAGCAGGUAUGACAUGGGUCAGGACCCACGAACAGUCAAGAAACAACUUGUUUGUGUAUUCUCUGGGCAUCACAGGGUGCUAGGGACUGGAGCCUGCUGAGAGCAGGGCUGGCCUGAUCCUACAGAGCUGGCUGCAACCAUAUCACUCUCCUGCCCCCAAACCUCCCUGAUGUCCCCUCUACACAGAAUGAAUUCAGGUUCCUCUCCUCAGCACCUUACGCCUGCCCCUCCCUUCUUGUUUAGACUCAGCCAGCUUAGCUGGACACAGCCCUUGUUCUUCCUUCUUUCACCCCUCUGUCUGCUAACAUGCCCUUUCUACUUCUUCACCUCCCAGUCCUUGGAGGCCCAGCUUGUAUCCCUGUUUCUCCAGGAGGCCUUCUGUCUUUCUUCUAGCCCCUGGAGGGCUAUUUCCUCCCAGUUUGCCUUUUGUGGAGGGCAUCAGUGGUGGAUCUGUUUUCCUGGAGACAUGGGCUGUCCUCAGUGGUGGGGACUUCAUUAUUCUGUCUUAUGAACCACUCAGUGUACUAGGGGAAACACCUGGUUGGACUGUAGGGAGUUGAGUGGGCCCAGCAGGCCCUGAGCUGGGGCUCUUGGAAAGAGGAGCCUGCCUGCCUGGGGAGGUGAGCAUGACACAAGGCAAUCUGGCCGAGUGCUACCACUGCUGGCCAAGGCCUGGAUUCUUCCAGGAAGACUUUAUUGUGUCUAGAAAGUUCCCAGAGGCUGAGCUAAGGAAUGAGAACAUCUCAAGGAGAAGAGGCAGUGUGCCCAAAGACCAGGGUGAGUUUGGCAAUGGCAGGCAUCUUUAAUGGGCACAGGGAAGCAGAAUUGCAGAUGAGACCAAAUUAAGGUGGACCUGGGUGGCCAGGUCAGGAACUUGAGUUCUUUCUCAAGGGUGGCAGGGCUGCUUGAGGGGUCAUUAAGGUUCAGCAAGGAGAGUAGAUUGAGGCACAGAGUCUGGAGAAGGAAGACAUGAUUUAUGAUCCCUAAUCUUGAGAGAGGAGCCUGUGGCUUGGGUGGACCUGGGAUAUAGAGAGAGACCAUCUGGGAGUUGACAAUUGAGAUGGAAGUGAGCUGUCUUUCUUAAUUCAGUCCUAUCAACCCCAUCAUACCCACUUUUCCCCUCAUUUUAAAGAAUGAUCAUGUACCUUGCCCAGGGUCCCAGAGCCAGAAAUGGGGGAUUAGAAUUAAGCCUGGGUAAGCCUUUGUCAGUACCUUCACCAGUCCUUUCUGAUGGCCUAUGACACUGAGGUACACUCAGCACAUGGCCAGAGGACAGAGAGCAGAAGUCAGCUUCUCCCUUCCUAAUUGCCAGCUGGUAGAUUCAAGACUUAUAGGUUGCUGCCUGGUCUCAUGGCCUGUCCCCUUCUCCCUGUGUCCAUUGCCACUGCUCUUUGCCUGGCAUCCCCUGCCUCCAGACUGGUCAUCUCCUAAAUUCCUUUACGUGGCAGUUAGGGGAUGUUUCUAAAUGCAAGUCUGAUCACACUUAAAAUUUUUAGUACCACUAGUACCAAGUAUAGGCACCUUGGCUCAAGCCUUCAGAUCUCUGAUCUGCCUGCCACUGGCCACUGUGGUCUUAGCUCCUUCAAGUGUAUCCACUUCCUGAAGGCCAAGUGGCCGGUUCUAAGCACUGUGUGCACCUCCUACAUAGUGCCCUUUGCUCUCUGUUCUUGCUGUUCCUGGAAUGUUCUUCCUCUGCUUGCCACCUAAAGAGCACCUACUCGUCUAGGAUAAGGUGAUUGUCCCUCACCUUUUCUUUAACUUUGCCAGGCUGUGUGAAAGGGCUGCCUUUUGUUUCUGUACAUGCCUGAAAGCAGUUUUGCCUUGCUAAUAGAAUCAACAUCUAUUGGGCCAUGGAGGUGAGAGCCCAUUAAUUUAUUUGAAAACUGAGCAUUUAUACAUGGGGAAACUGAAGUUCAGAGAGAGCUACUUAUUUGUUUAAGGCUGAUCAAUAAGGAGUACAGGGAAGACUCCAAACUCCGUGUACUUGCUCAUUUGUGCAAUCACAAAUGCAGGUGUUAAACUGCUCUGGGUACCAGCCUCUGUGUAAGCGACACAACCGCUUUGAAGACAGAAGCAGCAUCCAUGUCCUUGCCUCUCUGCUGAUGUCUGUCUACAGGAGCUGUUGUCAUAUCUCUGUCCUCUCUCCCUUUCCUCUCCUUCUGGCUAGGAUAUUGGAGUUUAGGACAUAGUCAUGCGUCCCAGUCAGGGGUCAUCUUUUAGGGCCAUCUAUGAUGCACCCUCUCUGCUCUUUAUCUCAGCUUCUGUUUGUGCAUCCACAAGUCUGAACACUGGCCUAAGGAAGGGACCCUGGGGUGUGUCGCUCUGGGUACCUGGGAGAGCACCCUUUAGAGACAAUUGUAAUCAAGUCAUGAGCUUCCCAGCCAGAUCUGUCUUUAGUCUGCAUUUCUUUAGGUGAUUUAUCUUAGCUGGGCCUCCCAAGUCUCCUGUACGUAGAUUGGAGUGAUGAUCUUGUGCAUUGUGGGUGGAUGAGGUCACUUGUGGUUACAGCUAUACACUGUUUACCCUUAUGUGCUAGCACCCAUGGAUACCCAGUGAAGGCUUGUUGAAAGAACCAGAGACUUGUUAUUAGUGAAUCCAUUUUGGUGCCUCCUGAUUAGUUCCCUCUCUCAUCCUUGAUAGAGAAUUUCCCAGUUUGCCCCUGACCCUCUACCCUUAUCUAAUCUACUUCUUUGAUUUAAUUAGUGACAAAUAUCUCCUUGCCUGUGUUCAAUCCCAGACUUUCUCCUGGCCCAGAGAUCUGCAUACAUCUACUUCCUCCAUCUCCCUAGUCCCUCCUCUCCUUCCUCUAUCCCUCCCAUAAACACAUUGAAUUCCUCUCAUAGUAUGCUCACGGUUAGCAAACAGAGACAGCCCCUGCCUGAAUGGAGCUUUCAUUCUACCCAAAAACAUGUAAUUACACAGUGUGUCUAAAGUGCAAUAAAGCAGAAGUCCUGGAUAUGAUGACAAACGUC